AUGGGUGUUCUUGAGAACAAGCAAGUUAAGAUGGUGGCGAUCAGGCUGAAGAGUGUUGUUGUUGUCCGGUGGGAUAAACUUGUUGUUCAGAGGCAAAGGCAAAGGCUAAGGAAUAGACCAAUCAGAUCUUGGCAAAGAAUGAAACCAUUGAUGUUUGAGUGGUUUUUACCAGAGGAUUAUGAACAAAUUCUUUAUAAGGUGUAUAUUGAGUCAUUCAAAUUCUUUUUCCCAUCUUUUCCCUCUUCCCUUCCCUUCCUUGUCUUUCCACUCUCUUUCAUUCUCUCUCUCUCUCUCUCUCUCUCCCAAAACUCAGAUUUUCACACCUUCUUCUAUCUCCUUCUUCUGGUGGUGAGGUUGCAAUUUUCGGUGGUGGUGGAUCUGAGCGUUUUCGUGUGGUUUGGAGGUGGUGAGGUUGCGAUUUUUUACGGCGGUGGAUCUGUGCGUUUUCGUGUGGUGUGGAUGGAGAAGUUACAAUCUUUACUUACUCAAGUAUACACUCCUUUUAAGUUGUUUGAGUUAGGUUUUGGAUGGGCAUGGAAGUCCUGAUGCAGCUGUGUUUGUUAAGAAAAAUGCUAUGAAAAUAUUUUUUUGAAGACGUUACAGUGCUGCAGUCAUAUGACACUGAUGCACUUCUAAUUAAGAGGUUGGAAGAUUCUCAUCAGAAAGUUUUUCUAGGUGUCGACCUUGCGAUGGUUGAUGAACAGAGUAUUAGUAGUUCUUCUGGGACAACAACACUGACUGCCCUGAUACUUGGAAAGCAUUUGCUUGUUGCUAAUGUCGGUGAUUGUCGAGUAGUUUUUUAAGAGGACCACAGACGGAGUUAUUCUUUGUUUUGUUUUCACUAUGGGUUUUUUUUAGAAAAACUACUUCAUACUGUUAUGUAAUAUAUUUGAUAUACCUACUGCAUAUUUAAGCAAUUUGGAAUAAUUGUUGUGAAAUCAACUUGUAGGUUCACUUUGUCUUAAAAGAACCUGUGAGAAAAUCAA